AUGCUGUCCCCUCAGAGGGCUUUACUCUGCAACCUCAACCACAUCCACCUCCAGCAUGUCUCUCUAGGCUUGCAUUUGUCCCGCCGUCCGGAGCUCCGGGAGGGGCCCUUGAGCACAUCCCCGCCCCCAGGGGACACUGGGGGCAAGGAGAGCCGGGGCCCCUGCAGUGGGACCUUGGUGGACGCCAACUCCAACAGCCCAGCCGUGCCCUGCCGAUGUUGCCAGGAGCAUGCGCCAGGCCUAGAAAACCGGCAGGACCUAGCACAGGAGGAGGAGGGGGCUGCCUCUCCCUCAGACCCCGGCUGUUCCUCCUCUCUCAGUUCCUGCUCAGAUCUCAGCCCCGAUGAGUCCCCCAUCUCAGUCUACUCCAGGGACCUCCCUGGCAACGAGGAUGUCCACCCUCAGCCCAGCAUCGUUCCCCUGGAGCAAGGCUCCCCCCUGGCUUCUGCAGGCCCAGGCACCUGCUCCCCAGACAGCUUUUGUUGCUCUCCGGAUUCCUGCUCUGAAGCUUCCUCUCCAUCCGGUCCAGGCCUGGACUCCAAUUGUAAUGCCCUGACCACUGGCCAGGACCUCCCUUCCCCAGGGCUAGAGGAAGAGGAGGAGGCCGAGGAGCAGGACCUCCCUACCUCUGACCUCCCAGAGGUUGAUGAGAAAAUCGAUGCUGGGAAAACCGAACCCAGUUGGAAAAUCAACCCCAUUUGGAAAAUUGACAAAGAGACAACUGAUGCUAGCUGGAAAAUCACUGAGAACAAUAACUCCGGUUGGAAAGUCAAUGGGAAUACCAUUGAAUGUUGGAAAACUGAACCUGGAAAAUUCGACUCCAGUUGGAAAACCAAUACAGGAAUAACUGAUUCUGGUUCGAAAACUGAUGCAGGGAAAAUUGAUGGAGGAUGGAGAAGUGACGUCAGCGAGGAGCCGGUGCCCCACCGGACAAUCACGUCCUUCCACGAGCUGGCCCAGAAGCGCAAGCGGGGCCCAGGGCUGCCCCUCGUGCCGCAGGCCAAGAAAGACCGCAGUGACUGGCUCAUCGUCUUCUCUCCGGACACCGAGCUGCCCCCCACAGGGUCGCUCGGCAGCUCCCAGGCGCCUCCCCGGGAAGUCACCACCUUCAAGGAACUCCGGUCCCGAAGCCGGGCUCCGCCCCCGCCAGUCCCGCCCCGAGACCCCCCAGCUGGCUGGGCAUUGGUCCCACCUCGGCCCCCACCGCCACCCGUCCCUCCCCGGAGGAAGAAGAACCGACCUGGGCUGCAGCCUAUAGCAGAGGGGCAGCCCGAGGAGGGCAGGGCGGGCAGCCCAGCUGUUGGUGAGGAGGCCCCAGCUUCAAAGGAGCCGGAGCAGCCAGGUCCUCAGGCUGGCACUGAAGCCGGUCCCCUCCUGCUCCCUCGGCCCCUGGUUUUUCGGUUCUCGGCUGACGGGCGCCCCCUGUUGCAGGGUGGGAGCGCGGCCGCAGCUGGGUCUCUGCUCCUGGCGCCUCUGGCCAGCUGGCCAGGCGCUGGGCUGCGGCUCCUGGGGGCACCGAGUACCCCGGAGGAGCAGCUGCUGCCCGUCCGCCUGUCCCCGGUGGGGGCCUAUUCGCCUCCGGCUAGGGGGGACCUUCCCUGCCUGGCCAGCCCUGAGCUGGCACUGCUGCUGUCCCCGCUCUUUCCCAGAAGUAGCACCUUCCCCCCCGUGGCUUCCCCACCCCGCCAGGUACCCGCCCCCCCGCUGCCACGGCCACCUCGUCCGCCGAAGGCCCCUCGCUGGACCAGGAGCCCACCGCCUCCGCCCAGGCUACUCCGUAGUUCCUGGUCGUUCGCCGGCGUCCCCGGGGCCCAGCGACUGUGGAUGGCAGAAGCCCAGAGUGGGACUGGCCAGCUGCAGGAGCAAAAAAAAGGUCUCCUGAUAGCUGUUAGUGCUUCAGUGGAUAAAAUCAUCUCGCACUUCGGGGCCGCCCGGAACUUGGUUCAGAAGGCCCAGUUGGGGGAUAGCCGUCUGAGCCCAGACGUGGGGCACCUGGUGCUGACCACCCUCUGUCCUGCCCUCCAUGCCCUGGUGGCCGACGGGCUGAAGCCUUUCCGGAAAGACCUCAUCACCGGGCAGCGGCGGAGCAGCCCCUGGAGUGUGGUGGAGGCGUCUGUGAAGCCAGGCUCCAGCACUCGUUCCCUCGGCACCCUGUAUAGCCAGGUCAGCCGUCUGGCCCCGCUGAGAAGCAGCCGUAGCCGCUUCCACGCCUUCAUCCUGGGCCUCCUCAACACUAAGCAGCUGGAGCUGUGGUUUUCCAGUCUCCAGGAAGAUGCAGGCCUGCUGUCCCUCCUGUACCUGCCCACUGGUUUCUUCUCCCUGGCCCGGGCUGGCUGCCCCUCCUUGUCCACGGAGCUGCUGCUCCUGCUGCAGCCAUUGUCGGUGCUCACCUUCCACCUGGACCUGCUCUUUGAACACCACCACCACCUGCCCCUGGGACCGCCUCAGGCCCCACCGCCCCCAGGCUCGCCUCCAGCCCUGCAGCAGACUGUGCAAGCUGUGCUGCACUGGGGGGGUCGGCUGGCCCAGAGCCUCCGGGGGGCUUCUGGGGAGGCCCCUCCAGGCCCUUCGGCCCCCUCAAGCUCUCCCAGCCCCUGCAGCUGGUGGGAGCAGCUGACUCAGGCCUCCCGGGUCUAUGCGUCUGGCAGCACCGAGGGCUUGCCUCUUCCCCGGUGGGGAUCCAGGCUCACCAGGCCUGCAGCUGAGGCCGCACCGGAGAGUUCCCUGCACACGGAGGAAGCAGCACCAGGCCGAGGUGUGUGGCUGGGGAGACUGUUUGGAGUGCCUGGGGGCCUCGCAGAAACUGAGAGUGGAGCCCCAAAGUCCAGGAGACCAUCCAGCUGGUUGCCCCCGACAGUGAGUGUGUUGGCUCUGGUGAAGCGGGCGGCACCUCCUGAGGCUCCAUCUCCUAAGGAGCUUGAGGUCUCAGAACCCAGCACGGUGCAGACCCACAGGGCAGUCCGGGCUCUCUGUGACCACACUGCUGCAGGACCUGACCAGCUGAGCUUCCAGCGAGGGGAAGUGCUGCGUGUCAUCGCCACUGUGGAUGAGGACUGGCUCCGCUGUGGGAGGGAUGGAGCGGAGGGGCUGGUACCCGUGGGGUAUACCUCCCUUGUUCUCUAGGCCUAGCACCUUUUCCUUUCCUGCACCUCUCUCUCCCUCUGUCACCUGGGAAUGGAAUGGCCUGUGAAUACUCACCCAUGUAUACUGACUGUCCCCAAAGUACUUUCCCUGUCUGCAAAAUGACACUUUCCUCCCAUAGCCAUUUCUGCUAAUAUCUAAAAUAAACUUUCUUUCUUCCCUCCUGUACCCAUCUAUAAGGUGAAAUCUGCUCUUCCAACAUAUAUAAAAAGGAAUUUCCCUCCAUGCCAUCUCUUUCCUCUUUCCAAUCUGUAUUCUGCAAAAUGGAAAUCUAGCCCCCCCUCUAUCUUCUUCCUCCAUAAGUGGACUGCACCUCUAUAUAUGCCUCAGUUCCCAAGACUUGAAGGGCCUCUAUAGUCUUCUUCCUGUGUAUGGAACCUUCCCCCACCUCACCCAUCCCACGUUGCCUGUAUUUAUGAUGUACUCAUGCUGGACUAGGUGCUGAAGUCUGGACACCCCUGGUGGGGGAGCCUGUGGUGUUGGUCUGUCUCCUUCCUCCUUUGUCCCAAUAAAGAGUGGGAGUUGAA